UGAGCUAGCGGCGCGCGCGUCGCCGCCGUCGCCACCUCCGCUGCUCUGCCCGGUCCCGGUGCUGCGCGGCCGGCCCGCGGGGCGUGGACCGGAGGCCGGCGGCCGGCCGCAUGAAGGACUGCGAGUAUCAGCAGAUCAGCCCCGGGGCCGCCCAGCUGCCCGCCUCCCCCGGGGCGCGCCGCCCCGGCCCUGCCGCGCCCUCCGGUCCGGGCCCGGGGCCCCCGCCGCCCGCCACUGCACCGCGCUGGAGCGGUAGCGGCAGCGGCAGCGGCAGCGGGAGCGUCGGCCACCGCCCACGGCGCAAGUGGGAGGUGUUCCCCGGCCGCAACCGCUUCUACUGCGGCGGCCGCCUCAUGCUGGCAGGCCACGGCGGCGUCUUUGCGCUCACGCUGCUGCUCAUCCUCACCACCACGGUCCUCUUCUUCGUCUUCGACUGCCCCUUCCUGGCCCGCCAACUGACCCUUGCCAUCCCCAUCAUUGCUGCCAUCCUCUUCUUCUUCGUCAUGAGCUGCCUGCUACAGACAAGUUUCACCGACCCUGGGAUCCUGCCCCGGGCCACAGUCUGUGAAGCAGCCGCCCUGGAGAAACAGAUCGACAACACAGGCAGCUCCACUUACCGGCCACCCCCGCGGACCCGGGAGGUGAUGAUUAAUGGGCAAAUGGUGAAGUUGAAGUAUUGUUUCACCUGCAAGAUGUUUCGGCCACCCCGGACCUCACACUGCAGUGUCUGUGACAACUGUGUGGAACGGUUCGACCAUCACUGCCCCUGGGUGGGCAACUGUGUGGGGAGACGGAACUACCGCUUCUUCUACGCGUUUAUUCUCUCCCUCUCAUUCCUGACGGCAUUCAUCUUCGCCUGCGUGGUCACCCAUCUAACGCUGCGCUCUCAGGGAAGCAACUUCCUCUCCACUCUGAAGGAGACACCAGCAAGUGUGCUGGAGUUGGUGAUCUGCUUCUUCUCCAUCUGGUCCAUCCUGGGCCUCUCAGGGUUUCACACUUACCUCGUCGCCUCCAACUUGACAACUAAUGAAGACAUCAAAGGCUCAUGGUCCAGUAAGAGGGGCGGUGAAGCCUCUGUCAAUCCCUACAGCCAUAAAAGUGUUAUCACCAACUGCUGUGCUGUGCUCUGCGGCCCCUUGCCUCCCAGCCUGAUUGACCGGAGGGGAUUUGUGCAGUCUGACACCGUAUUGCCCUCACCCAUCAGAAGUGACGAUCCAGCCUGCGGAGCCAAGCCUGAUGCCAGCAUGUUGCUAGCGUCCCCCCUGGGGAACGAAAUUGGGCUGAGCACCCAGGUGGCCUGCUUCCCAGCCUCUGACAGAAGAGCCAUGGAGAGAGCAAGUCUAAUCCAGAAGGCCAAGUUGGCAGAGCAGGCUGAACGCUAUGAGGACAUGGCAGCCUUCAUGAAAAGCGCUGUGGAAAAGGGUGAGGAGCUUUCCUGCGAAGAGCGAAACCUGCUGUCAGUGGCCUACAAGAAUGUGGUGGGUGGCCAGAGGGCUGCCUGGAGGGUCCUGUCCAGUAUUGAGCAGAAAAGCAAUGAGGAAGGCUCAGAGGAGAAAGGCCCAGAGGUUCAAGAGUACCGGGAGAAGGUGGAGACUGAGCUCCGGGGCGUGUGCAACACUGUGCUGGGCCUUCUGGACACCCACCUCAUCAAGAAGGCUGGUGAUGCCGAAAGCCAGGUCUUCUACCUGAAAAUGAAGGGUGACUAUUACCGAUAUCUGGCCGAGGUGGCCACCGGUGACGACAAGAAGCGUAUCAUCGACUCUGCCCGGUCAGCCUACCAGGAGGCGAUGGACAUCAGCAAGAAGGAGAUGCCACCCACCAACCCCAUCCGCCUGGGCCUGGCCCUGAACUUUUCUGUUUUCCACUAUGAGAUCGCCAACAGCCCUGAGGAGGCCAUCUCACUGGCCAAGACCACCUUCGAUGAGGCCAUGGCUGACCUGCACACCCUCAGUGAGGACUCCUACAAAGACAGUACUCUCAUCAUGCAGCUGCUUCGAGACAACCUGACUCUGUGGACGGCCGACAGUGCUGGAGAAGAGGCGGGUGAAGCACCAGAGGAGCCCCAGAGCUGAACCACACUGCUACCCUCCCUGCCCUGCCCUGCCCUGCCCUACUCACUCCGGUCCCCCACCCCUAGCAGAGAGGACUACUAUGGGGUGGGAGGCCCGACCCCUUUCCCUAAAUGCUCUGCCCCAGCUCAGAGAAGCUCCAUAGAGAGGGACCAGAGGAGCCGGGGCCUCCUGGAACCAUUGGAUCCCACUCUUCUGGCGCUGCUGGGCGCUCACCCAGCCCUGGUCUCUGUACCUGCUCCUUGAGACCCCACCCGUGAACCAGGUCAUUUCCUUCUCCCUCUUGACUCCUUCCUGCCCCUGCUGCCUCUGGAUCUUAGGAAUUGAGGAGUGUCCCACCCUUGUGGCAGAGAAGUGGACCGUGUGGCAGAGGCUGGAGACAAGAGUGUGUGUGUGUGUGUGUGUGUGUGAGAGAGAGAGAGAGAGAGAGAGAGAGACCCGGAAUGAGAGGGAAAGCAUGUCUGCUGGGUGUGACCAUGUUUCCUCUCAAUAAAGUUCCCUUGUGACACUC